AAUGUCAAUUAUUGACGUUAUCCGCGGGCGGUAGGACGCUGUUCAGUGCUGCGUCGAUGUAUAAUAUUUUUUAAACAAAAACGUUUAAUAAUUCAUUGACGCCGAGCCUAUUUAAUACUAGACGUAUUAACAAACAUUUCACAAACUAGACUCAUUGUUGAGUUCGGUGAUUUCUCAGUACUAGUUAUUCUUGUGAUGUUUGUGGUAGAGUGAAGUGUUCUUGUGAAGAUUAUAACGAAAACAGCCACCAUGCCGACGAGUGCCGUGUAUCAACCGACCACUGUAACUUAUGAGCAACAACCAACAGACCAGCGUUGGAAUUGCCCUAUCAGCUAUUUCUCACGGAGGGUGACAAGUAGUCUGAACCGGGCGGUCUGUAUCAGGCUAGCAUUGUGUCUUCUAGGCAGCACACUCUUCAUUAUUGGUCUAGCGCUACUAAUUGCGGGGGGUAUGCAAUAUUCAAGCUCGCCUGCACCCACGCCGACGCCACAAGACGCGGAUAACGGUAUUGGCGCACUCAUCGCAGGCGGCGUCAUACUUUGUCUGGGCUUAUUAUUCGCAGGUGUAGGUGGUUGGGCAUGGUCUGCUCGUUGGGGCGGUGGUAAGGAGGCACCGGCUGGUGGAGCGGCAGCACUUACCGCCCUCAACCCAUCAACUGAUCCCUUGGUAGCAGCUCAGUACGCACCUGUGAGAGACGCACCGCCCGCACCUGAUGAUGAGAUGCGCAAUCUUAUGGAUAACAAGGAAUGUUUAAGCAGUGCCGAAGAGAGCGACAAGAUGUUGGAUGGGCGGCCGUCCGUAGCAUAAAUUUGAUGUUAUAACUAAAAAUAACAGAUUUCUGUAUUACGUCCCCCUAAUCAAGACUUUUAAAUUACGUUUAGAGAACCAAUUCACAUAACGAAUAUGAAUUUAUUCAUUUAAAUAACAUAUUCCAAUGCAUUAUUGCAACGUCGACUUAAAAUGGUUCACAUUUUCUUUCUAUGGUAAUAGACCGUAGCAAUUAAGUUAGAUAUAUGCAUUUUUCGGUACAAAAUAGAAAAUUUUAUUUUUAUUUUAACAUUUUUAAUUGUAUUUAUUCGAAAUCUUCAUGAGCUGCUCUGUAAAAUUUAUUUCCAAUUAUUUACACAAUAUUUCAGUAAUUCAUUCUACUUAUACAAAUUUUCAAUAAUUCAUUCUACUAAUGACGUCAUUGGUAUUGAGUUACAGAGUGAGCCUGGUCGAUAUAACGGCCCGUUUACUGUGUCUUUUAUGUUCAGUUUAAAACGGACCGUUAAGUCGGUAAACAUCCUCCUAAGUUUUCAUCGUUCAUUAAAAUCGUGAUCUAACACGUGGCCAAAUUGUCGUCCAGAAUAAGAUAGAUCUUCUAAGCAUUUCUUGUCUAGAUUUAAGAAUUAGACUAACUAUAGGUCACUAUUUAAAAUGGACAUACAAUAUUCUUGGUAACAUUUAACGUAGGUAAAAAUGUAUUUACUAUAUCCUAUUAUUUUCGUACGUAUAUAAGGUAACAUUUUUGUACUAUCAACUAUAUAUUGCUCCACGCUUAAUGCAAUAUGGUUAGUUUCCUUAAUUAUUUUCGUUGUUCUUUUUUUUACGGAAUAACUUUGGUAAAUAUCAACUUAUUACCACGAAUUAUAUAUGUUUAUUUUUAAUAUUUAUUAGCUGAUAGUACAAGCAAUAUUAAGCAUUGCAAUUAUAUUUCGAGCUUUAUAUAAUCCAAAUUCUAUUUUAAAUAUGGUCUUGCAAAUCAUAUGUGAGACGUUCAACGCGCCGGCGCUUAUUCUCAUCUUCAUAUUUACUGUUUGUAAUGUUUUUAUUCUUAAAUUUGAUAGUCUGUGCGCAAAGAGAACCGUCGUGGGAUUAGAGGUUGCAGCAAUGCUAAAUAACUUUUUGCUAUGUUAACAACUAUUACGUUCGACAAUAAAUUUGAUACUUAAUAGGUAUGAAUAAAUAAAAUGACGCAUAGCAAAUGAAUUUUUUUUUCGAUUCAUUUCUUUUAUCUUUCCGCGCAGACUUAAGUGUUAUGUGAGUAUUUAUUUUAUUAGAACCGUCCUUUUAGAUAUAAGUCAUACUUAUAAUUAGCCGUGGUUUAUUUUGCUAAAUACCAAGGUAGUUAGAGGUUGUGUAAGUGAAAUUUUGAAUUUAAUGUAAUUUUUUUGAUAUUAUCUGUGGGAUCUAAAUGUCAAAUCGUUAUUCAAGUUAGGAGAUAUAAUAUCAAUUUAAAAUCGGUAUUUAAAUAACUUGUGGCGAUUUUGUAAGAGAUAAGCUGUAGUAAGCAGGUGUAAGCUCUCUUUAUGUUCUGCAAUAUUUAAUAAUGUGCAAUCAGACAUCACACAAUAUUUAUAAUAUAUUAUUUUAUUUACAUGUACUUGUAUAAUCUAGUUUUGUUACGUUAUGUACUUAAAUGUUCAAUCUUCAGCUUAAUAAAGUAUUUUAAGUGUAUAAAA